AUGGCUGCUCUUCGAUCUUCUUCCCGACUCGUCGGGGCCUUCUCAAGGACGGCUGCUUUCCGACCUGGUGCUGUCUUCACUCGUUCUAUGGCCUCAGUCAGCGAGCCUCCCAAGGACUCUAAUGCCAACCUCAAGUCUUUCCAAAUCUACCGAUGGAACCCCGAUACCCCCAGCGAGAAGCCUCGUCUUCAGACCUACACUCUGGACCUUAACAAGACUGGACCUAUGAUUCUCGAUGCCCUCAUCCGAAUCAAGAACGAGCUCGACCCUACUCUGACCUUCCGACGAAGUUGCCGUGAGGGUAUCUGCGGUAGCUGCGCCAUGAAUAUCAACGGACAGAACACUCUUGCUUGCUUGUGCCGAAUUCCUACUGAGGCUGCUUCCGACGUCAAGAUCUACCCUCUUCCUCACACCUAUGUCGUCAAGGACCUUGUCCCUGAUUUGACACAUUUCUACAAGCAGUACAAGAGCAUCAAGCCCUACCUUCAACGCGACACCCCUGCCGAAGACGGCAAGGAGUACCGACAGACCAAGGAGGACCGCCGUAAGCUCGAUGGUCUCUACGAGUGCAUUCUCUGCGCCUGCUGCUCUACCUCAUGCCCGUCUUACUGGUGGAACUCCGAGGAGUACCUUGGUCCAGCUAUCCUUCUCCAGUCUUACCGAUGGCUCGCCGACUCUCGUGACGAGCGCACCGCCGAGCGAAAGACCAACCUCGAGAACUCGAUGAGCCUGUACCGUUGCCACACUAUCCUUAACUGCACACGAGCCUGUCCCAAGGGUCUUAACCCUGGCAAGGCCAUUGCCGAGAUCAAGAAGCAGAUGGCUUUCGGCAACUAG